GCAUUAUUCUGAUAUUUAAGACGGACAAUAUUCACCGAUGGAAACAGAUCGACCUACUUCAUGGAUAAACUGGUUCUGUUCGAGAAAACGAAACAAGUAUUACGUGGAAGUAGACGAAAGGUUCAUUGAAGAUCCAUUUAACCUUAUUGGUCUAAGCACGCAUAUUCCAAUGUACAAAGAAACACUUGAAGUCAUCUUGGAUUUGGAACCAGACGAUGCCAUGUACAAUCGAGUACCUGAUUUGAGUUUACUUGAACCUUCGGCUGAAUUGUUGUAUGGACUCAUUCAUCAACGAUAUAUUCUAACCAAAGACGGCAUGCUUUCUAUGCUAGAUAAAUAUUUAGCUGGUGAUUUUGGCAAAUGUCCUCGCGUCUACUGCAAUGAUAACCACCUCUUGCCUUGUGGUCAACAUGAUAUACCAAAACAAAGCUCAAUUCGACUGUAUUGUCCUAAUUGUAAGGAUAUCUAUAUACCACAAAAUCCAAAGCAUCAUGACAUUGACGGUAAAUGACAGCACCAUACCUUCUUAAUGCUUACCCUACGUCAUUUAUUUUAGGUGCUCAUUUUGGAACAACAUUUCCUCAUUUAUUUGUACAGGCAUUUCCUGACUCGAUGAAAUACGUGGAACCCAACAUUUAUGUGGCCAAGAUCUU